AUGGGUCUCUUUUGUUCAUGUGCGCGCUUAACCUGCACCUGCGCUGCUGCAGGCGACGGCGAUGCGGGUCAGUCGUCGGAGCCCAAGUGGAAGCAGAAGCUCGCAGCGGCUGAAGCUCAUGCGGAGCAAACCCGACAGGCCACCGCCCGGGCGCAGGAGGAGUAUCGGCGCAAGCAGAUGGCGCAGCGGAAGAGUGAGGCAACGGGGGGACCAGCAGCAGGGGGAGCGGCAGCAGCAGCAGGAGCGCACCCACGUCUGGCGGAUCUAGACUGGGUGCCGUAUCUUACAGAGGAGGGGCUUAUAUCGGAUUGCACGCAAGCGGGAGCCAAGGCAUCGGUGUAUGGCAUCUACAAUGACAACAAAGUGCUACAGUACAUUGGCGUGUCUCGCCAGGUAUACCAAAGCAUGAGGCUGCAUUUUGCGCGGGUGCCGAGCGCGUGUGCGUGGAUAAAGGUGACUCACAUCACGCGCCCCUCUAAGGCGGUGCUAGAGGCAAUCAAGGACCAGUGGAUCGCAGAGAACGGGGUUGCUCCUCCGGGGAAUGACGAGGGGCCGGAGCAGAACCGGUGGGAGAACCCUCUUGACUGCAAGCCCCUCAUGACCGAGGAGGAGAGGAAGUCAGUGGAAUAUGCUGCUCCCGGGCCGCCCAAGGCAAAGGCACUGAAGGAGGUGGCGAGGAGAGUGGAGCGGGAGCUAGAGGCGGCAUUUAAAGCCAGGAAUUGCAAGGAGGUUCUGCGGUUCGACCCAAAGCUCAAGGAGGAUGGGUUGCUGGACCUCAAAAGCACGGCUGCUCGUGCUCCUGAUACGGCUCUUCUCGCGAACGUCGCCAACAUGAGCUCGUCUGCGACAGCUGUGCUGACGAACAUCGCCAGGCUCGCCAUCACGCUCGGCGUGGGCGGCAGCUUGCUUAACGCGUCACUCUAUACGGUCGACGGCGGGCAUCGCGCGGUGCUGUUCGAUCGGUUCCGCGGAGUGCUGGAGGAGACGCAGGGCGAGGGCACGCACUUCCUGAUCCCGUGGCUGCAGAAGCCCUACAUCUUCGACGUGCGCACUCGCCCCCGCUCCAUCACCUCCGUUACAGGAACGAAAGAUCUGCAGAUGGUCAAUCUGACGCUCCGAGUGCUGUCCAAGCCAGAGACCUCCCACCUGCCGACCAUUUUCAAGACACUUGGCACGGAUUAUGACGAGAGGGUGCUGCCCUCUAUUGGCAACGAAGUGCUUAAAGCCGUUGUGGCUCAAUUCAAUGCAGAUCAACUACUCACCGAGCGUCCAUAUGUGUCAAAGCUUGUGCGGGAGGCGCUGACUCAGCGAGCCAAGGACUUUAACAUCGUGCUGGAUGACGUGGCACUGACCCAUCUCUCAUAUGGCGCUGAGUUCUCCAAGGCUGUGGAGCAGAAGCAAGUUGCCCAGCAGGAGGCUGAGCGGUCCAAGUUCGUGGUGAUGAAGGCGGAGCAGGAGAGGCUUGCAGCCAUUACAAGGGCAGAGGGAGAGUCAGAGGCGGCCAAGCUGAUUUCUGACGCGACAGCGAAUGUGGGAGGUGCGAUGAUCGAGCUGAGGCGAAUCGAGGCGGCAAGGGAGAUUGCAGCAACUCUUUCUCGGAGCCGCAAUGUGGUGUACCUGCCGGGCGGCAACAACAUGCUUUUGGGGCUUGGCACGGGCGGCAACAGCUAG